CCAAUUGUCUUUAAUCUGUACAAAAAGUAUAGCUAGGGGGACGCGUAGUCGACGAGGAGGUUCUACGUUUCUCGUGGAAGUCGAUAAUCGUCGCAACAAUUGUAGAUUCAGCAAUACAAUCUAUUGCAAGAACUGAUUGGUCGAGUGAAUACCAGCGAAGGAGGGGUUCGGGUAUUUCAUUGAGAAAAGAUAAGUAGGCGAGACUAGAUCUCGUCUUUUCAAAAGAUCUACAACAAUCAGAUCAAGAUGAGUCUAACUGAAGUGAUGGAGCCGCAGACUGUUAUGAAAAAAAGACAAACUUUGGUUCGCCGUGUUUCCGAUCUGUUCAAAGUUGUUCUGUUUUCAGAGGGGAAAUAUAGUGGACCACCGUCUUUAUUCCGCCACACCUCAAUGCAGAGAAUUCGUCACUGCUGUCAAAAUCUGAAUCUCUUUCCAUAUCUACUCUACUCGUUUGACAACUCCAAGUCUCACCCUCUCGCCAAAAAAGUUAACCUAGGCAUCACACACAUUCUGAAAAAAAUUGCUGCACGUUUUUUCCUCGUCUACGCGAGUUUCCGACAUGUCGUCCUCCGACAAAUUCGCUCGGAGGCACCAGUCAAAAUAAUUUCGGCCGAGCCAAGCAAGGCUGUAGAAACGACGCCAAAGUUCACCAGAUCUCGCAAAGAAAAGCCAAAGCAAAAUUCCUAUUUUCUUAUUUUGGCCAUUUACUUAGCACCUCUAGUCCUCGCUUUUCAACUAGUCGCUAUUUGUAGUUUACUCGUCUUCGAAAAUCACACACCAGGAUUUAUUUUCCUCUUCACUGCAUUAUUGUGCUUGGGCUACAUAUCUCUCAAAGUUAUGGUCAGUGAUACAGUGUCUCGCAGAGAAUUCAAGAACGAAAAAAGGAAAUUAGAAUAAUUAGUUGUAAGUUCAUCAUCAUCGUUUUUUUUCUUCUCAUUAUUUUGUUCGGAACUCGAAAAACUUGAGAUAUUAUUUCUGUCUAAUAAUAUCUAUUUUAAAAAAAAUAAAUUUCAUCAACGUUCUCUUGAGUAUUUUCAAUAAAAUGCAGACAGAAAUAUUUUCACUUUUUUCCAGUUUGCGACCUUUCAUCGCUAAGUUUAAAAUAAUUUUAAUUGCAUAACUCGCGACGGAUUCUGCAAGUGGUUUGUACACGGUUGGCUCUCGAUUAUCUUCCUAACUAAGUUAUUAGGUGCAGUGAUAGCGAUUCGUGAAAUAAAUUCGAGCAGCCUACCUUGUCAGAUUAACAACUUUGCCACACUUAAUAAGCAUAAUAAUGAUAAUAAUAAUGAC